AUGACUGUAGAAACCAAAGACCUCCCAGAGAGCAACUACCUGCUCGACUACGACGACACGGAAAAACGCCGUCUCCGCGAACAACACGACCUCAUCAAAGCAUACACCGGCAAACUCAUCCUCGCACCCCUAGACCUCACCAAACCCAAUCUAAAAAUCCUAGACAGCGGUACCUUUGACGGCCACUGGCUCACCGAAGCCGCCAAACCGCUAACAACCCCACUCCUAACCGGCACCGACAUCUCCCCCGCCGCCUUCCCCAACCCCCCACCCCAAAACACCUCUUUCCACAUCCAAUCCAUAACCGACCCCUGGCCCGCCUCGUGGCAAAACACCUUCGACCUCGUCCACCAACGCCUCGUCCUCGCCGGCACCACACCCACGGGCGGCCUCGACGCCGUGCGCAACCUCGCCGGGCUCGCGAAACCGGGCGGCUGGGUCCAGUUGAUCGAGGGCAAACUGCUGGCCGAGUCCCAACGCACCCGGUUCCCGGCGCUGCAUCGGUUUCAUAGUUUUAUAGAGCGGAUGUUGCCUGGAUUUGGGUGGAAUAUUCGGGCCGGGUUGAUGGUGGGGGGGUGGUUGGGCGAGGUUGGGUUGGAGGAGGUUGGGGAGAUGGAGGUUGAGAUUCCGGUGGGGAGGGCGAAUGGGGAUGGGAGGUUGGGGGCCAUGGCGGAGAAGAAUUUGAGGGAUGUCAUGGGCGUUUGGAGACAGGCUAGUUCGAAAUUACCCGCCGACUCACCCUUCAAGGCCUCCGAGCUUGAAGAAAUCUUUGUAGACUUGGACAAGGAGAUUGAGACCAUUGGCAGUCUUUUGCGCUUUGCCGUUGUCUGGGGCAGGAGGCCAGCUCUUGACUGA